AUGAGUGGUGCUAGCGCAGCUAUUGAGGAUGACCUGCUGCAGUCGAUUACUGGAGUUUUGAAUCUUUGGCUUGCAGGUAAAUGUCCUUCAAUUCUCGGUGAGUUUGUUUACAGCGCGCCUUUGACGCCCCUGCUCAAACCAGGAGGUGGUUUGAGACCCAUUGCUGUGGGUACAAUAUGGCGCAGGCUCUGCUCUAAAUUGGCUGCCAAUUCCGUUUGUAAAAGUAUGAACCCCUACCUGGGAAAUUUUCAAUACGGGGUUGGUAUUCUGUGUGGAGGCGAAGGGAUUCUGCAUUCAGCCAACAGACUGAUCGAGCUUUGUGGUUCUGAUACCUCCAAAACAAUGCUGCUGAUCGAAUUCACCAACGCCUUUAAUCUCGUUGAUCGGUCUACCAUCAUAAGGGAGGUACGUGCUCGCUGUCCUAGUAUUGCAUAUUGGGUUGAAUUCUGCUACAUGAAGCCUGCCAGGUUAUAUUACCGGGACCAUAUCCUCUCCUCAACACAGGGGGUGCAGCAGGGAGACCCUCUUGGUCCCCUAUUAUUCGCACUAGCUUUGCAUCCACUCAUUGAGAAGAUUGCGUCCAAUUGCACUCUUGAUUUUAACGCCUGGUACCUGGAUGAUGGCACCAUAGCUGGUGAUACGUUGGAGGUUUACCAGGCCUUCAAGAUUCUGCAGGAUGUUGGUCCAAGCUACGGGUUGCAUUUAAACAUUGCCAAGACAGAAUUGUUCUGGCCCUCUUUUGAUCCGAGGAGGGAGUCUGCUUUUCCGGUUAAUACUGGCAAGGAUACAGAUGGGGUGAAGCUGCUUGGUGGCCCUGUUAGUUUAGACCCAAGCUUUUGCUGCCGCACUGUGGCUCAUAGAGUUGACAAAACUAUUCAACUUAUGGACAAGAUUCAAAUGCUGUGUGACCCUCAAUGCGAACUCCUACUCCUUCGUAGUUGCACUGGGUUAUCGAGACUGUUUUUUGCUCUUUGCACUACCUGUCCGAUGGCCUUGUUGCCUGCUGCAGAGCGUUUUGACAGUUACCUCAUGCAGUAUCUCCGGCGUCUCGUUGUGGGGGAUAAUGCUGGUUUUGGUAAGGUCCAACAGCGUCUGGACACACUGCCGAUCAAAGAGAGGGGGGGGGGGGGGGGGGGGCUUGGGGUGCUCACAAUGGACGAUACCAUGCAUUAUUGCUUCCUAGCUUCUCAACUACAGACGCGACAUCUACAGCUCUCUAUUCUGAAGACCCCUGCAACAUCAGACCUUUGCCCUGGUUUUCUCAAUGCUUUGCUGCAUUUCGAGCAAGCCUGUAGGAUUUCAUCCCCGAACUUCAACAUCAACGAUACCGCCCCCCAAUACAUGAAGUCUCUGGCGGCUAUCUAUUUUGGCGCAGUUCGGGACCAUGUUCCUUCCAGCUUUGCUCCAUCUCCUCGUGAGUUUGCUGUUUGGAAGUGA